AUGUCUUUGAAUCAAAUGCAAAUCAAGCAGGAGAUCACCCUCCCACCUGGCCUGAGCAAAACGAUUUCAAAGCAAAGCCAAGAGCCUGUGCCGUGCGCUGAGCCAGUCCCAUGUCCACAGCAGCAACCUGAAGUCCAGGUCCCAACACCUUGCCCAGAACCAGUCCCAGUAGUAGUGGUACCCUGCCCAGAAAAAACAGUGCCAUUGCCAACACCGGUGGUGGAACCAGGCAAGGGAGAAACACCAGCAGUCGUAAUACCCCAGUGUCCACCCCAGGAGCAGCAGCAGCAGCAGCAAUGCAAGCUACCACCAACUUUCCCUCCCGUAUCAUGCCCUGAGCCUGUUCCAUGCCCCGAAGAGAAAUCAGCAUGCAAAGAGCUGCCUGUACCAGCCCCCGUUUCCUGCUCUGAACCAACUCCCUGCAUGCUAGAGAAGCAGGAGUGCAAGGAGAUCCCUGUGCCAGUUCCCGUUACCUGCUCGGAGGCUGCAGCGUGUCCCCAAGAGAAGCAGCAAUGCAAGGAGAUCCCCGUGCCAAUCCCUGUUCCAUGCCCUGAACCCGCACCAUGCCCCCAGGAGAAGCAGGAGUGCAAGGAGAUCCCUGUGCCCACCCCAUGCCCUCCAGAGAAGCAGGAGUGCAAGGAGAUCCCUGUGCCAAUCCCUGUUCCGUGCCCUGAACCCACACCAUGUGCCCAAGAAAAGCAGCAGUGCAAGGAGACCCCCGUGCCAAUCCCUGUUCCGUGCCCUGAACCUGCACCGUGUCCCCAAGAGAAGCAGCAAUGCAAGGAGAUCCCUGUGCCAAUCCCUGUUCCGUGCCCUGAACCUGCACCGUGUCCCCAAGAGAAGCAGCAAUGCAAGGAGAUCCCCGUGCCAAUCCCUGUUCCAUGCCCUGAACCCGCACCAUGCCCCCAGGAGAAGCAGGAGUGCAAGGAGAUCCCUGUGCCAAUCCCUGUUCCAUGCCCUGAGCCAGGGAAGUGCUCCCUUCCAGAGAAGUGUCCUCCCAUCGAGCAGCAGCAGGUGAAGCAGCCUGUCCAGUGGCCACCCUGCAAGUAA